AUGAAGAUAUCAAUCAAACCACUGAUUGUAUUACUUUUAUUUCCAUCGUUUGGCUGUAUUGAAGACGACUUAUUUGAUGGCGAAGAGCUGCCAGAGUUUGGUGAUGUCAUACCCAACAUAACUGUUCCCAUUGGAAGAGAAUCAAGAAUGCCGUGUGUUGUCAAUAACUUGGGCUCAUAUCGUGCGGCGUGGCUGAGGGUCGAGGAAAAAGAUAUCUUAACAAUACAUCAUCACGUGAUUACACGCAACUAUCGGAUAAAUUUAUUGGACAAUCAUAAUGAUAAUCGUAAUUUUAUUUUGGUUAUCAAAAAUGUCCAGGAAUCCGAUCGCGGAGGAUAUAUGUGUCAAAUAAAUACCGUUCCUAUGAAAAGUCAAAUCGGAUAUUUGGAUGUAUUGGUACCGCCAGACAUACUGAUCAAUGAAACCAGUAAUGAUGUCGUUGUAAAUGAAGGUUCAGAUGUUUCGCUCAGAUGUCGAGCCAAAGGUUAUCCGCCGCCAGAAAUCACUUGGAGGCGAGAAGAUGGGGAACGCAUACCUUUAGGGGACUGGCAGGGGAGGCGUUAUAUUACAAACAAAACUGAAGGCGAAAAUUUGAAUAUAACACGAGUGACGAGAGUACAUUCUGGCGCCUGGCUUUGUAUUGCCUCUAACGGUGUUAUGCCAUCAGUUAGCAAAAGGAUUUUACUACAUGUCCAAUUCGCACCCCAAAUAUGGCUUCCAAGUCAAACAGUCGGAGCACCGUUAGGCAAAUUCGUGUCUAUAGAUUGUCAUAUAGAGGCAUACCCUCCACCAGUGAACUACUGGAUCAACGAAAGUACGGCUAUAUUUGGCACAAACAGUAAAUACGAGAUAACAGUCAAAGAGAGGGGAUAUAAAAGACAUUUACGGCUAAUAAUACAUGAAUUACAGGAAUCAGAUCUUCGAGACUAUCAUUGUUUUGCUAAGAAUGCUUUAGGCGAACAAAAGGCCACAAUUAAACUCUAUGCCAUCGAAAUAAACGAAUUUUCAAUCAAAGAGAGUCUUACAAAUAAACACCAAAGUUUUAAUAGAAAUAAUAACCAAAAAUAUAGCGAUAUAUACAAUCAUAACAACAAAUACGUGAAUAAUAAAAACUAUUUGAGCCGACAAUCCAAUCACUCGGUGGCCGAAUCGACAGCCAGUGAUGGCCAUUCAUGUCAUAAAAAGUCACGUCUUUUGCCAAUCAUUUGGUCAUCUUUUACACAUUUGAAUGCUAUAGUUUGGACGUAA